GACAUUGUUUUCCUCGAUGUGACGGGUAGUAUGCAAGUCUAUAUCGAACAAGUACGAAACACCAUCCAGUCGCUGUGCGAGCGCCUUGUUGCGACUGGAAAAUGGUCAGGUGGCGAUUUAAGACUCGGACUUAUGGCAUUCCGUGACCACCCCACGCAAGAUUCCACGUACAUCACUUGCCAAUACCCUUUCGUCUCUGACAUUUUGGCUAUCAAGGCGAAUCUGGCGAAUCUGCAAGCAGACGGUGGUGGUUACGGACCCGAAGCUCAGUGUAAUGCGUUCACUCGUGUCCUGGAUGCGGGAUGGAAGGACGAAGCUACCAAGGUCGCUAUACUUAUCACAGAUUCACCACCCCAUGGUAUAGGGGAGGACGAAGAUGAAUUCCCCGGUGGAUGUCCA